AUGGAGGCUUCGUUCGAGCUCCCCAUCCAGUCACCCACCGGUGAGCGGAUAGUCAUAGACCGGACAGUAUCAGCAUACCCGCCAUUACGGCCACCUUCGCCGCCGGAAGCACCAUCACUGUCACAGCUACGAGCGGCGCAUUCUCGCUCCUCACCGUCACCAAAGCGACUACCCGGUUCCUCGAGCGCGCGAGCGAAAGCGGCGGCUGGCAGAUUGCAUGGCGCACGAGAAGGCGAGGCCGGGUCGGUCACAUAUAGCGGUGGUUCGCUGCGUGAGCUGAAGCUCCGCCGUAUGACGCAACCCCGCGAGAGCGACAGAGCGGGUACACGCCUUACCGUCACCCGGCCAAAGAAACGAUCCUCGCCAACCGCGAUACCAAAGUCUCUUCUGCCCGCCACCGAGCGCAAGAGCCAAGAGGAGAACAAGAUCGACCGGCUAUCUAAGAAAGACCCCGUGGACGGAGGUGACAAGUGGGAUAUUGCACCUGAUGGGUCGUCUGCUGGUCGAGAGGGCCGGCAAUUCACCGUGGCCAAUGUGGGUAACAAUGGCCGCAUAUAUUUGAGGCCGACAGUGCGACCCGUACACCUGCGAUCGCCCCAGCCGAAUUUCGUGUUUCCCAUGACGCCACCUGGUACAGCAGGUCUCGAUAUCCUCAUGCAAGACCAGGACAAGCGUAGCGACCGACUGCACAGACCACAGCAGGAGAUGCAACAGAAUCAGAAAGAGCAAAGGCACGAGAUUCAGCGGCAGCCAUUGCGGUUAGAGACGACAAGCAAACUUUUCGGUAGCGAUUGGACACCGGACCAACCCUCUUCGCCCACGGCACUUCCCGUGCAGGGGCCUCUCCUAUUUAACUCCAACAACUCGUCGCGCAGUGUGGUUCCACGGCCCAGCACAGCCGGUGCGGUAGCAGUGCGGCCAGGAGGCAGGCACCGCAGGGCCAUAUCCGACUCGACGGUCCAGGAUACAAGUAUUGCGCGCGAGUCUGAACCAGGUGGCUUCAAGAUCGUCAUUACGCAGCCGGCAGACGAUAAACAACGUGCAAAAACCUUGGAGGACCUGGCCCCAACGAAUCCGAACGCCUCGGUGCCUCACCUCGAAAUCGCCAUACCUACGUGGAAACUAGGUUCUCCUCGGUUUACGCUUCGCGGUACGCCUGUUCUUCGCGGUUCGUCGUAUGCCCCGACCGACGAGCCCUAUUCGAGCCGGCCAUCAUAUUUCAGCCCAGCUUUUGAUCACUCUCACUCAUUGCUGGAAGAGGACUCGUUAGUUUCUCCGCGGCAAGACAUUUUUGAGAGGCAGAAAGGCAAAGCACAAGGCCUUCCGUCGCCCCUUGGUUCACCGCGCUUCCUUAUAGACGAGCAACCCGUGGGGCUGCGUCCAGCCUACCAUUCCAACUAUGCGAUGUCUGUUCCGGAAAUGUUCGACUCUCUUACUUUCAAGCCGGCGUGCGACGACCGCACCAUUGUCCGCUUCUCACCGGUGACAAAUACGAUUACUGCUGCAACACCUCCUCGUCUUGUUGCGGAAAUCACCUCUCCCAAGUUCAUGGACUAUGACCUCGUUUCUGACUUUUUCCUUACUUACCGUGCUUUCCUCGAUGCACGGGACCUUCUUCGGAUGCUCGUCGCCCGUUUGCGUUGGGCUGUUGAGAGAUCAGACGAAGCCGGCAUGGUUGUUCGCGUCCGCACCUUCGUCGCUCUACGCCACUGGAUCCUUAACUAUUUUAUGGACGACUUCGUGCUCGACUACGAACUGCGUGUCCUAUUUUGCGAGCUUCUCAACGGCUUCGUGAAGGAACUUUCCCAGGACGCAAGUGGACGCAAGGUUCAGCUCAAGAUUCUGACGGAACUGAAAAAAUGCUGGCGGCGCUCCUGUGCCCAGUAUUGGGACGGCCCCGAUUUUGAUGACUCUCUUGGACCCGAAGUACCAAUCUCCCAAGGCGGUAUUGCUGGUCACCGCAAUCCCACCCUCGACCCCAGCUUCUGGGAGCAGGUUGCUAUUGGUGCUUUACCAGAUGAGGAAGAUGAGGAGGACGGUUCCAACUUUCUCACACACUUCCAAUCCCCCGAAUCUAUGGUCCAACCAGAGCCGGGUAGCAGUUUCCGAGCAACAGGGGGCCAAGCUGCCCAUAUCGACUCCGUUGUGCUUGGUGACCGCCCAGCAACUCCGCAAAACCGGGAAUCGACGAAUGAUUUCAGUGCUCGGAGGCAAGCCUCCCCGGCGAGCAUCACGAGCUUAGAUAUUGUCUCUUGCUCAUUCCCAACAAAGAACAUGCGUCUCCUCCAGGCUGGUAUAGGGCAGCCGCUUGGUGCACAUCCUGCGGAACCGUCGUUAGUGUACAGUGCGAGCGGUCUUGUUGCAACAACUCCUCGCGCACUUGUCGGUAAACGUGUUCGGCCCAGCGACGGCCAGAAGUCGUCUGGCCACAUACAACAACACAAGAGAAACAAUAGCCUCACAGAUUCUCUGCGUGAACAAUCGACUAUGGACAAGUUGCUGCAGAAGAACAAUGAGAUCUUGAUGACUCUCCCUUACGCUGGUAGCCUUGUUCGUGGUGCCAUAUUUCCUCCAGGCCAGCCGUACGUUGAAGUCCUUCCACCAGGAACCAGUGGUGGUGUUGGUCGCCAAACAACACUCUUUCAGCCAUUUGCUCUAGAACCGCCAGACUCGCAAAAGCUGAAGGCAUCGGCAAUGUCAAGCCCGGGCAUGCGUAAGCUACUCGGCAGCGUUCGGCGGGCGUUGAGCACAAGAGGCCAGGCCAUCCCUUCGACCCAGGGAAACUUUAUCAACAUGGCGCCGAUUGGGCCCCGUGGCGCGACGACAAAUCGACUCCCUGGCACUGCUAUUGUCCCGCAAGCUCGGCCGAGAAUUAACGGCUUCCGUCCUCCUAUUCGAAUCGACCUCCUCGGUGCUAAAAUCACCGAAGAUUUUAAGGUGGCGGUUCGAGAAGAUGCCUCCCUGGAUGCUGCCGCUGCGCAACCUGGCGGCGAUGCUUCUAAUGAAGCUCGAGCCGUUCCCGAUACUCAUGAACAGCGGCAACCAGAACCGAAAGUAGCAGCCUCGGCCUACUCUGACGGUCUCUUCCUUGGCUGGACUCCCGGCGGAGUUGACAAUCUGGUACGGCCUAUCAGUGACACGGGUAUCACUACCGGAAGCAAGUCUAUUGUUAUCGUUGAUGGCACUCUUCCUUUAGAAUUUCCGGUCAUGACAGGCGCACUGGUUCAACCCAACAGCAACAAUGCAUCGGUCGAAUUGUUUGGUGAAUCCUUUUUGUCGGUGGCAGCCGACCCGACGCCCCCGACAACACCACCUGGACAGCCAGUGGGAACCCCCCGCCCCUCGUCUUUCGCCCUUGGCGAACAAGUCGUUCGGUCGUCGCUUUCUAUGGAUCCACUGCCCCCGUUUGUUCCGGACAUGGAUACACUGGGACACAGUUCCACUGUCGGGCCGUCCGGUCCCUUGGUUGAAGACACUAGCGCUCGCCCCCCGUUUGGUGUUUAUGUGCUGCAACACGAACCUGACGACAGUAUCAUCGUUCCGCAGCGGCCCGGUGAGGAUGGCGUAUAUGAGGCCUCGAGCGAAGUGCAGGUUGAUGUCGUGAUGAACAAGAACCCGGCGACAAACAGUUUCGGCCUGCCAAGCUCACCGCCAAUUCGUCGGCCACAGCCAAGCUGGAUUCAAGGACACUCGAGACAUCGCUCUAACCGAUCAUACAAGUCACACAAAUCCAGCCGUUCAUACCGGCACGGCCGGUUAGCAUCCUACGCGAGUGGCACUGCACCGCCUACGGGUAUCCUCAGUUUCGACGCCAGCACUUACACCGACGCGUCUGUUGACGACGCCUCUGAGACCCAGGCGCCGCAGCCUCCUCGCGUUUUACGGAGACGGCCUGGCGGUGAUCUGCGGGCUGUCACCACUGUGGGCGAUUUGGACCAAGGACCGAUUCGGCGCUCACGGUCGGUUGGCUCCCUAACCACAUACUCGGAAUCGAUUCGCAGCUCCUUUGUGCACAGUCAGGCGCGGGAGUCCGGUGGGUUUGUAGAUGUGAUUUCGGUUGAUUUUUCACGCGACAAAGAGGAGACGUUUUCCGUUGGCAUGAUGACCGACAAGAAGAAGCUCAAGAAACGGAUGUCCAUGGUCAGCACUUACUCAUCGAAGCCUGUUAUGCGUCCUUCAUUCGAAGCGGAGGCACAGAAGCUAGCUCAAAUCCCAGAUGAUGUGGAUGACGACGGUGGCGUGGAGUCGGCUCUCUUGAAGCUUGAGGGAAAAUUUGAGCGCAAGUCAAAGAAACUCUCCUUCUCCGAGCCUCCAUCCAAGGUGUUCUUACCCACUACGUUGACCAAGGGCACCGCUGCACCUCCACUGAGCGGUUUCUUGGCCCCGCAAGUUGCCUCAGACAGCAGCCGCCUGACAGCAGAAGAAAAGACCGACCACCGACAUAGACAAAUCGUCCACAGCGACCUCGCUCCUUCUCACCAGUCUCUGCUCUCCAAGUCUGCUCAGCAGAGCACUGUGGCUGCCACGGAACUGGAUGCAAUCGAAAGUGAAUAUGGGAGAGGGACAGACGAUCCAAGAAGCAGCUCAAUGGCCACCUCUUCGCAUGUUCCAGCGUUUUCUCCGCCACCCGCGUUUCGCCCUGCCGCAGUGCCCCGCAUGGUCGAAGAUGUACAGUCUUUCUUGUCCGAAUCCGGCGAGUCGUACUCGUCCAUACCUUUGCUUGACCGUGGCCUUACCGACGACGGGAGGAGUAAAGGCGCUCCCACCGAAGAAUGGGCCAACCAGUCCAUCUUUGAAGAAGCCAAUGAAAGCAGCGUCCAGACCCCCACGGGCCGCAGCAGCGGCCACCUUGUUCACCAAGACUCCUAUGAUGUUGUCGAAAAGACGGAAAGCAUUGAGAAGAUCCCUCCUGGAGAAACAAUGCCACAAAGCCCCCGCCAAGGAACGGACGUCUCCUUCCUAGAGGACGAGAGCGACCAUGCCAGUGACCUUUCUUCCGAACUAUCUGUUGAAUUCCCUGACGAAACUGACGAGCUUGGUAUUUACGGCCCCAGCACCACACAGGGCCCUGUGCGUUCGAACACUGUCGUUUCGCGCAUGCCUGCCCACCCAAUUGGCGACCCGCAGAUAGAACCAUCGCAGACUCCGUCGAUUCCGUUCCAGGAGCAGCAUCCUGGCAAGCUUGUGGAAGACAUCCAUAUCCACGACGGCCACCCACCGUCGCCGCCCAUUACGCUUGUCCAGGCCCUGCAGAUGUCACCCGAUACCGCCAAGAUCCCCGAGCUUCACGAUUUCCAGGUCUGGGAGGACAAGCCUCUUCCGCCAACGCCGAGCCCUGACGGAGCAGCGCCUGAGACACUGCGUUCGAAGAAGCAAGCGGAGGAGGCCGAGGUCCUAAGUUCCAUGGGCCUGCGGUCCGUCUUCGAACCGUCCCCAGCACAGGUGACAGCCAAGGCUGAGGCAGCCCGUGCCUUCUCGGUUCACCUGCCGUUCAUCCUUGCAUUCGAAUCGGAGAUCCUUGCACAGCAGUUCACGCUGAUUGAAAAGGAUGCGCUUCACGAGAUUGACUGGAAGGAGCUGAUUGAGAUGCGGUGGAAGAACGCCGAGAAUGGCAAUUCUCGAUCCUGGGUGGAUUUCCUGCGCAACUCGGACGCCCGUGGCGUCGAGGUCGUUAUUGCCCGCUUCAACAUCAUGGUCAAGUGGGCCAUCUCUGAGGUGAUCCUGACACAGGAUUUGGAGGAGCGUGCUCGCUGCCUCAUCAAAUUCAUCCACAUUGCAGCACACUGCCGGCGGUACCGAAACUACGCAACGAUGAGCCAAAUCACGAUUGCACUGACGAGCAACGAGGUUGGCCGACUUGCGAGGACGUGGGCCAUGAUACCACCGAGCGACGCCCGUACGCUGCGCGACCUGGAGGCACUGGUCUCGCCGACGCGCAAUUUUUAUGGUCUGCGCGCCGAGAUGGAGGCCGUUGGGAUCGACAAUGCGGAUGCGGGCUGCAUCCCGUUUGUGGGCAUUUACACGCACGACCUGCUCUUCAACGCCCAACGGCCCUCUGAGAUCGCCAGCUCGCCCACAACACCCCCCCUUGUCAACUUUGAGCGGUGCCGGUUUGCGGCUAGCAUUGUCAAGACGGUGCUGCGGCUCGUCGAGGCGAGCGCUCUCUACAACUUCCAGCCGAUCGAGGGCAUCACGGAACGUUGCCUUUGGAUGAGCGCACUAAGCGACGACGACAUCCGCAAAUACUCUGACGCUCUGGAGUAG